AUGGCUGUCUGCAACGCUGGUAUUGCCCAACUCCAGUCAAAUACACUUCCUUUCCUCCAUAUCUUCAUGGUCUCCUUUUUCUUGUCUCCAAUGAUCCCUUCUACGAAUUCAUCAUUAUCUUUCAGUUUCAACAAUUUUGAUCGGAAUGGUCAUCGUGUUCAUUUUGAGGGGCAUGCUUCUUAUUCUGCUGAUAAAAUCCUCCACCUCACCAGAAACCAGCAGGACAAAAAGAUGAAUGAUAGUUGGGGUCGAGCCACAUAUCAUGAGCCGUUUCAACUUUGGGAGAAGGCCUCGGGAAGAAUGGCUGAUUUCAGUACCAAUUUCUCAUUUGAAAUUGAUUCCCAAAGAAAAUCUUCUUAUGGUGAUGGAUUCACAUUCUUUCUUGCUCCAAACGGUACCCAACUGCCUUCAGAUGUGACAGGAGGCGGCCUGGGUCUUGUGUCUAACAACCAGACGCUGAACUCAGAAGCAAAUCACUUUUUUGCAGUGGAGUUUGAUACUUUUCAAAAUGCCUGGGAUCCAAAACCUGAUCUUGUUGGUAUCGAUAUUAACUCCAUGAAAUCUGUGAAAAACGUGACAUGGUUGAGUAAUAUUCAGGAAGGAAAAAUAAAUCAUGUUUCCAUCAGUUACGCUUCUAGUUCCGAAAAUCUGAGUGUUAUCUUUGGCACUGAUGAUUUGUAUAAUGACACUACUCUACAAAGCCUAUGUUAUAAAGUUAAUCUGAGCCUUGCCCGAAUUCGUUACUAUUGGCUUCUCAACUCAUCAGCGUUACAAAUCUCUGAUAGUGCAGAGAAAAACCAAGAAAAGAAGACAGGACUAGCGGUGGGAUUGAGUCUUGGCGCUUGUGCCCUAGUGGCUGGGUUGGGAUUGGUCUGCUUUUGCUUGUGGAAGAAAAGGUUAAGUGGGAAAGGGGGAGAAGAUCCUGAUUUUGACCUGUCCAUGGAUGACGAUUUUAAAAGGGGUACUGGGACACGGAAGUUUACGCAUCAAGAGUUGGUUCUUGCCACAAAUAACUUUGCAGAGGGAGAGAAGCUUGGAGAGGGAGGGUUUGGUGGGGUUUAUAAAGGUUUCUUGUGGAAUCUGAGCUCCUACAUUGCUGUUAAGAGGGUAUCAAGAGGGUCUAAACAAGGGAUAAAGGAGUAUGCAUCUGAAGUGAAGAUCGUCAGUAGACCGUAG